UCCUGGAGGUGAACCUAGAGGAAGUAGUGUUGGGUACAGUAUACUAUUGUCUGAGAAGAUGAAGUGCUUCUUAUUGCUUGUGUCUAUGGCCUUGUUCACAACAGAUUCUUCUAAUUGCUUGGAAUCUGAUCUUCCAUUUUGCAAGCAAGUUCCAGAUUGGCAUGCCGAACUGACUUGCUACACAGAGAGAGAAAUAGGUCUAUUUUGCUCCUGGCUGCCUGUCCCCUGUGCUCCAAAAACCACUACUUAUACAAUAAUUUUAAAGUGGGAUAAAAUCUUGAGAUGUUUUGAAAGAACUACAGCAUCAACGUCCAUCACAAUAGAACGAAAAUCCCUUUUCAUGAAUCGUUCUGUAAUGAUUUGGUUAUCAGCAAAUUACUCUCAUGAGAGCUCUGUGAAAACAAAGAACAUCUCCAUUACACCCAGCAAGGCAGAGAAGUGUGCUAUACACUCCAUAAGUGCUCACCAGUUAUCAAACAGAUUAAUAAUUAAGUGGGACGCACCAAAAAAGUCUAUGCAAUAUGAACUGCAAUAUAAAGAAGCACAUCCAACAUCCUCACGGUGGAUAUUGGUGCCCACAGCAAACGAUGCUGUCAAUGUGACUGUCUCCGAUUUAAACAGUACGUCUUCGUAUGUUAUUCAGCUCAGAUGCAGACCCAGUGAGGAUCACCACUGCGUUUGUGUUUGGAGUAAAGAGAUUUUAGUCCCUCAUAAGUUAAUUGACACGCCAACAAUUUCAGCUAAUGAAACCAUAGAAAUCUCUCCAGGAAGAAUAAAUGUUUUUCUUCAGUGGCAGAUAACACAAAGCAGGAAUGUCAUUGGAUAUUAUGUUAAUAUUGAAAGAAUACCCAACAGUUGCAAUGAUCGACCUGAACGCAUCAGCAUAACCGAGAGAAGAGUGCAUCUGAAUCUCUCCAUGGCUUAUUAUCGGUUUAAUAUUUCUGCCUAUAAUGAAGCAGGAGAAUCUCCACAGAUCACUUAUGUUGUCCCAGAUUUCACCACAACAGUUUUGCCUGGACAAAUCACUGCCAUACCACAGGGAAAUAACACUGUUGUCACCUGGAAUCCAGAAUACAAUCCAAAGUGUUUUGUGGUUGAUUGGGGCACUGGUAAAGAAGAUAUGCACAUGAAAAUAAUAACUAAGCCCAUGGGAAAUUUCACACUAGACCAUUUACAACCAUAUAAAUUGUACAAAAUAAUGGUGCAUGCAUCUGACAUAUGUGAAUGUGAAAGUUUCAUGAGACAUGAGAGGACAUUUGGAGUGACCCACUUCUACUCAGUUCAAGGAGUUCCUAGGACAGGUCCAGCGACUGUGAAAAUUUCAAAUAUCAUGAAGCAUUCCGCUACUGUGAAAUGGACUGAAGUACCUCCAGAAGACUGUCUGGGCUUCCUCCAGGGAUACAGAAUCAACUACACAGACACAAUGAAGAAUCUCUCUCUGGCUGUUGCUGUCAAUUCUUCCACCACCCGCUACCUGUUAACAGGACUUAAAGAAAAAACUGCCUAUACAGUACAAAUUUCAGGAGUCACCACUGCAGGAGAAGGAGCCCAAAGCCAUUCACAGUUUUUCACUACUCUGAAAUAUGAUAAAGGGGAAUUUGAAGGUAUUGUUGCUGUCCUUUGUCUUGGCAUCAUAUCCACCAUGUUUUUUCUACCCAUCAUUUGUUCUUUAAUGCUUAGAAGGUCAAAAAAAUUGUGCUGGCCAACUUUACCAAGUCCAAGAGACAGCAGUGCUAUCCAAGAUGUGGCAAGAAUCAUUCCACGGGCUAACCAGGGACCCACUUCAAGGCUGUUGCUUCAAACACAAACAGACAAUGAUACUACCAGCCUUCAUGUGAUACAAGAAGAUUCAAAGGCUUCUUUGAAGCUGCAGCCCUUUAGUGAGGACACAGAAGACAACAGUGAGUGCGAUGCAGGCCGGUCUGAAAAUGCUGGUGGUAGCCCAGACACCUGUCCAAGUCUUUUGAAAAUCCCUGAAAAGGCAACUGCAACUGAAAAAGAAAGAGUCAGCUCUAGCAUGAGGGCACCUCUCCUGAGUGAUUAUACCAGCAUGGAAUUCAGUCAGAAAGCCAUGCUAAGUCUGGCGCUUAAUCUCCCUCCAUGGGCUGCCCAUCGUCAUAUGGAGGGGAAACUGAACAACAGGCCAGGAAAAGUGGAGCAACGCACACUGUUUACUCCUCAAGACUAUGUGAAACAGAGCCAGGUGGUGUUUAUGCCAACUGGACCAACACUGAUGGAAGAAACCAGUUUGAGCUGAGGUCUCUCAAUGCCUCCCCGUGGCAUAGGAUCAAGCCCCAAAACCUUUGAUGCUUGAUUGGAGCGGUUACAAUAUUGUAGGACAGUGAUUCUGUGAAAGUUGACACUUCUUUGCUUUAAUAAGUUCCACAGCUAAAGUAGUUUGUGUAUAUAGCUACAUUAGCCAUUUCAGGCCCUUGCUCUUAGCACAAAUCAUACUCAACUAACUCUUGCAGUCAUGAUAUGUACAAAGCUCCAGUUUGGGUUCUCAAAAGAUUUUCCAGCUGGAUAUGGCUCCUCGGUACUUUGAGUCUGAUUAUUUGUCAGUGUUAAUGUAGUAAAUGCAAUGUGGUCUAGUGACUCAACCGCAGCACUGGUAGACAAGAACCCUUGAUUCUAGUCCCAGCCUUGUAUUUGGUUUGCUGUAAGCAAGUCAAAAUCUCCAAAAGUGGCAUCUAAUUUUGGGUGAGCAAUUUGAGACAACUAAGAUCUGCUUUUCAGAGCUGGUUAACAAACCCCAUCGAUCCGUUGGAAAGGAAUCCAACCAACUUGUCUAUCUUUUGCAUGUUGGGGCAUUGUGGCAACUUUCUCAACGAGGUUCCUGUUUAUUCUUUCCAAGAGAUGUUCCUGAUCAGCUUGUGUGUUGGUCAUUGUUAGCGAGUCAGACUCUUUGAGGCAAUGAUAUAUCAACCCCCCAGGCAGAUGUUUCGCUGGUGGAGGUGGCAUCUUUAGGAUGGGGUUGGGGGGAGUAAAAAAAAAGAGCCCUCAUGGCCAUUGGAGACCCCAUGACACUUUCUGCAAGAGUGGGAGUAUUUGCUAGAUAACCUAGCCAGACUCAGGAGGAAGAAGAAAUGAUUCCCCUGAGUUCAGCACUUCACAUUGAUAAAGCACCUUACAUCCUGAAGUAGUGAUGCUAUUAUGGGUGUGUUCCCCCUUUUUACCCAAGCAGCAAAUCAAAGUUCGAGGCCCCAUGGGUUGUUUCCACUAGGAAGAGAAAAUAAUAGAGGCAGGUAUUUCUUUGAUGCAAUCCUGUUUAUGUAUACAGAAUGUGCAAAGUCCAAUUUCCGUGAAAAAAGGAGGAAAUGACAGCAGAAGACAGUGUCCUUUCUUUCAGCCCAUAGCCCCAACACAAAACUCUCUCUCUAGCUUCUUGCAGGGCCACGUCAUGCUAUGUCUCUCUCUGUCCUGAGUUUGUGUGUACACACACACACACACAGCCACAGCACCGUCCUUCCCCCUAGAUUGUAAGUUCCUGAGCUGACCUGCUUGUUCCUUUGUUUUGAGCUUGUUUAACCGUCUUUUACAGUUCUCUUAAGUGAAGGGUGGCAGUUAAACCUGAAACAGGCGCUAUGAUUUCCAGUUUUAUAUAAACAUGGUUACUCCUCUUUUUAUAACAGUUAUUCUAAGCGAUGUGGUGUUCAUAUCCAUUCCAAUCAGGUGUGCACGGCAGCUGGAAGAUUUUUCCCCUAGCAGUAUUCGUAGGGUCAGCCUGGGCGCCCUCUGGAGUCGCACCUUCAUGGUGCCCAAUAUAGGGCUCUGCUGAUCCAAACCCCCCUCUGUUCCUUCUUGCUGGGUACCCUGACAGAGGGGUAGAUAUUGGAAUGGACAUGAACAACACAUCUCAUAGAACAACAGUUAUGAGAAGGUGAGUAACUGUUUUUUCUUCAAGUGCUUGUUCAUGUCAAUUCCAAUCAGGUGAAUUAUAAGUACAAAUUCAGGAGGCGGGAUUGGAGUUGUCCACCAACUGGAGUUCCACUCUACCAAAGGCCAUGUGGUCUCUGGCCUGCUGGGUAAUUGCAUAAAGAGAAUAUGCAGGAUCAUGUCAUUGCUCAGCAUAUUUCCUGCGUAGGAACCUGAGCCAGGAAAGCCACUGAACAGGCCUUCACCCUGGUGGGAUGCGCAGGCCCUCCUGCCAGGCUGUAGUACUCAUGGAUGCAGGACAUGAUCCACAACAAAAUUAAUUGAGAAGAGACUGGAAGACCCUGCAUUCUGUUUGCCUUAAAUUAGAGUGAAUAAAUGAAGACUCGGCACACCACUUCAGUAAUAUACAAAGUUUUUGAGCUAAUUGUAAUGUAAUUUUUUAUAAGGGCUGCAGAGCGCUCGGACCAGGCCAGGAGCAGAGCCCUGGGAUGGCUGCCAGUACCCCAGGCUGGCAGGAGGGCUGAGCAGGGCCAGAGGCCCGGAGCCCAGCUAGCAGGGGGCUUGCAGCUGGAACCUCAGACCAGCAGCGAGGUAAGCGGGGCCAGUGGCUAGUAUCCCAGGCUGGCAGUAGGCUGAGCGGGGCCGAUGGCCAGAACCCUGGCUGGCCAGGGGCUGGCGGCCGGAACCCCAGAC